AUGGCUCGCUUUCCCGAUAAACCCCGCCAUCUUCUCAAUGGACCACUCAGCCUUGCCGAUGCACUCUACAUUUGGGCAAGAGACCGAUAUCCGCCGGCACGUAUGACCAUUCUACGAGAAACUAUGGUCAAAUCAUCUGGCGGUAUGCUAGACAGGGAGUAUGUGUGGCAAGGCUGGCUUUACAAAGAAAGAACGGGAGGGUGGGACGUGGAUUCGAUGGCAUACUGGCCGAGCAUGGAAACAGUCACGACAUCGUCAUCGGGUUAUAACAGUGGACUGACACCAUGGAUCCGUGAGGUCGGGACUGCGAAAGGGCAACUCCGGGUGUACAGACCUGAGAGGGGGAGAAGAAUAGAAUGA